CUUGAACUCUCGCGAUAUUACUGUAGUAUUACUGUAGGACUCAUUGACUGACCGAAAAUUGGCGGGAAAGAUUGUAUCGUCAUGUCGGAAGAAUCUCUCAGUGUACAGUCGCCACCAGUAAAGGUCCUGGCCACGCAUCUGAGACGGUGCCGUCGGAUCUCUGGGGGCCCGUGGCUGUUGGAUCGGGAGGAGUACGGGCGCCCCGCGUUAGCCGUUUCGCUGGUGUGGAUGCAGGGCACGGUGCUGACCGUAGAGCAGGAUGGCUCGACUGUGCGGUUGCGGGAUGAAAGCGGCCCUUUCGUGGCUCAGGGAGUGGAAAAAGUUCCCAAGGGAAGGCCUUGCCUCAGCCCCGGGAAGUACGUGAUGGUGAUGGGCCUGGUGCAGUCUUGUAGCCCAGAACCCACCCUUCGAGCUGUGAAGAUGACGGAUCUUUCAGAGAAUCCCCUGCACAGGAGCAUGUGGGGGUUGGAAGUGGAGGAUUUGCACAGAAACAUUAUUUUGUAAUGGAGACCGUUUGUGCUAGCUUUCCAGCACCUUUUGAUUUUUGCUAAUAAAACUCGUUUUGAAUCUCCUUUAGAAGAACUUGGAUUUAGUAGCAAAACGUACCUUCGUGGUUCAUUUGCUGCAGGCGCGGUAACAGAGCAAUAAAAAUGGAAAUGCUUGCUCUUCCCACUUUCUUUUUUUGUCUAGUGCCUAUUUUCCAGUUACUCAGCUUGGAUAUAUCCCAUGAAGAUUUCAGGAAUUGUUGCAAGGAUAAAGCAUCCACAGCCAAAACAAUUAUAAUUUCAGAAUUUUGUGUUUUUUUUAUCCUUUCUCUGUUUUAUAACAUAUGUAAUGCUGAAUUGCAGAUUUCACUGCCAGUUACUGGUCAGACAUCUGACUUUAGCCAUAACUUCUUGGACUGAUUCAUGAAGCCCAUGCUGCUUUAAAAUAUUUUCUUUUUCCCUCCUAAAAUAGAUUUGGGCUCUAUCCUAUUUUGAUAGAAAAUGAACCUCACUGCAAUCUAUUUAUGAAACAAUGUUAGUUUAACAUUUCAACAGUUUCUGGAUAGGUAUACACAAGUGACUUGUUUCUGGGAGACACUUGCAGAAUGGAGGAAUGCUUUAAUAAAAACUUAAACCCAUUAUCAACUUGAGCAUAUAUGCUGAAUGUUUUCAGACAGCGGGCAAUGGGGUUCUUAAUGGCUCAUGUUUCAUGGAAUUCAAUACAUCAUGGGUUAUACAUUAUUAAAGUGCCUUGUUUUGAAACUUGUAUUGUUUUCUAAUGUGUGACUAUUAUUGCGAUGUGAAUAAUCCACAAUCUGCUCCUGAUUUUGAAGUGGUAUUUUGUAUUAAUCACAAUAGGAAUGCAGGGUGGUUGCUGAUGCAUGCUUCAACAUAGGGGAAAAUAACACCAUAAUAUUAACACAUAGGCCAAACACUAGAGAAUUAUCUUUUGAUAGCUACUAGUUCUUGUUAUGUAUAGUCCCUCUGGUUUGAUGUGACACACAGCAAUAUCUUGAGGUUGAGGGCAUCUUUUUAAUACUCAAACCAAAAAGCUUAUAUUAACUCAGCCAAGUGUGGAAUUACUGGACAUUAACAUACAAAACAAUUGUCAGAGGAUACUAUUCAAAUUUUUGCAGACAAUUCUAACUUCUCAGGUAUUGUUAUUUAUUAAAUUUAUUAGUCACUUUUCUUCAUAAAAAUGACCCCAAAAUGAUAUAUAAUAAAAAGAUUUAAACCAAUAUAAAACUAACACAAGUAAAAAGUUUUAAAAAACAAUACAUGAAUGAGAUAGUGGAACAACCCACCCCUUAAAAGAGGCUACAAGUCAAAAGCCCUUCAAAAAAUGUAAGAGCUGGAUGCCUGGGAGAAGAGGAAUGUUUUUUUCUGGCACCUAAAGAUAAAUAAUGAUGCUGCCAGGUGUGGCCUCUCUGGGGAGAGUGUUCUAUAAGCAGGGGGCCACCACUGAAGGCCUGUGAAUGUUCACAUACAUAGAUCUGGGUAGAGAAAUAUUUGGAUAUCUUUAACAGACAACUUUUAUGAUUUUUUGAAGAAUUCUGGAAUAAGCCAGUAGCAAUAUGAACACUAAAUCAUAUAGAAUAGAAACACAAGUCUUCCCAUAAAGGUAUACCCAGAAUAGAGGAAGUGAAAGCUAGCUGCACAGGACCGAAGUGCAGAUCUCCCACAGCUUAUGGGAGAUGCAAUCAUACUUUAGUUCAUAAAGGUGUGUGUAGAACUAUUCUUACUGCAACCUUCAAUUAAAGCAAGCUACUCAACAUUUUGACUUGAGCCUUGCUAUGUGCAGAAAGAAAAGAGUGAAAGUCCAAGUAAGGCAACCAUAAUGAAUUUAU